CUCAACUACGUCUCUCUCUCUCUCUCUCUCUCUCUCUCUCUCCCUGUGCUUGUUGAUUAAAUAUCGAACUCAAUCUAUCAAUCCGAUGGCACAGCAGGAAAGAUUGUCAGGCACCGUCCUCUGGUUCAACGACUUCAAGGGCUACGGCUUCAUCAAGCCGAAGGAAGGCAGAGAGGACGUGUUCGUCCAUCACUCUUCCAUCAGAUCGGAGGGCUACCGAAGCCUCGCUGAGGGCGAAGAGGUCGAGUACUCCCUCUCGUUGGAGCCUGGUGGCAAAUCAACAUCUGCUAUCGACGUCACUGGCCAGAACGGAUCGAAGGUGAAGGGCAGCUCGAGUGAUGGCCAGGGCAGUGGCGCUGGGAGCAGGCGAGGUGGCUUUGCUAGGGACUGGAGGGGCAGCAGGGAUAGGUACUGUCGUGGACCGGACGGGGCCGGUGGUGACAGGUGUUUCACUUGUGGAGAGGUCGGUCAUAUGGCCCGGGAAUGUCCUCACUCAAGGAGUAACCAUGCUGGCAGCAGUGGGAGCAGCGGUGGUGCUUGCUUUAGGUGUGGUGGCACUGGCCACAUGGCUCGGGACUGCAGUCGCAGUACCAACGGUGGAGGACAGUCCUGCUUCAACUGCGGGGGUUAUGGCCACAUGGCCCGGGACUGCACCAGCAAGGGAAACAAGAGCAGCAGUGGCUAUGCCGGCAGCAGCUUUCUUAGUGGCGCCUGCUAUAACUGUAGCAAACCGGGCCAUGUGGCAAGGGACUGUCCCGAAAGGCCAACCAGUCCAGGCAAACCAAAAAUGCCGUGCUUCCAUUGCGGGGAGAAAGGGCAUUUCGCAAAAGAGUGCCCCAGUUAAGAAAUAUCUCGACUCUCCAUCAUCAAAAACAAAGAACAGCUCACGAUGAGUAACCCAACGAGAAGUACAGAUCCCCGACCGCCUUUCUCUCCUAACCAUUCUUGUUUUUGGUUGGCUUUACUAAAUGUAGUACUGUUGGAUCGAAGACUAUAUAUCAAUUAUACACAGGAUGGUUACUAUUAUUUCAGAUGGCUUUUCCGGAGACUAAUUAUGUUUUGUGCACCGGCUUGCCCAGGAUGGCGGAAUUUGUGAUAUUCUUGCUUCUGAUUUGAUUGAUGAGUUAUAACAUAUUUCUCCACCCAACUGAGCCUGAACUCAUA